AAAAAGGACCAUAUUAUUCACGGCCAUCUUGACCUCUCAAGGUCAAGGUCCCUUCUCUUCUUAAAUUGAAGGGAAAAUUAAAGCAGCUUCAUCAAUGACAUUAUUUCAUGUGCUUAUUCUCUCGUUUUGGUUUCUGAAAAUUUAGUGAAGCACGACAUGGCUUUGAAGAUGUCAGAUGAAUUGCUGGGUAUUGUCAUGCCUAUUCUUGUGUACUGGAUUUAUUCUGGGAUAUACAUGGCAUUGGAGUCGACCAAGUCGUUUGACAAUUAUAAAUUGCAUUCGAAAGAAGAUGAGGAUGACAAUAAUCUGGUCUCCAAAACAACAGUUAUCAAAGGCGUUCUUCUUACUCAAACUCUUCAGGCUGUUGGGGCCUUCCUUUUGUUUACGGUGACAAGAGGAAAUGAGGCUGAGACAUCUCCAAGGGAACCAUCUUCCCUUAUUAUUAUAGCUACACAAUUCGUUAUAGCGAUGUUGGUUUUCGAUACUUGGACAUAUUUCACGCCUAGAUACAUGCACCAAAACAAGUUUUUAUAUCGGCACCUUCAUUCUUGGCAUCAUCAGCUUGUUGUUUCCUAUGCAUUUGGAGUUCAGUACACUCAUCCACUAGAGGGACUUUUGGUCGACACCGUGGGUGGAGCACUAGCCUUUAUCGUCUCCGGCAUGUCUCCUCGGACUUCCAUCUUUUUCUUCUUGUUUGUAAGCCUCAAAAUAGUGGAUGAUCACUGCGGGUUGAGGCUUCCUGGAAACCUCAUUCAGAUAUUCUUUAAAAAUAAUUCUGCAUACCAUGAUGUCCACCAUCAACUUUAUGGUGGCAAAUACAACUUCUCGCAACCAUCUUUUAUCAUGGGGGAUAGAAUUCUAGGCACGUACAUGCCUUAUUCACUUGAGAAAAGAGCCGAAGGGGCUUUUGAAGUACGAGCAGCGGCUGGUAUAAAAGAGUACAAUAAGGAUGGUUGA